AUGGAUUCUUCUUGUCUGUUUUUUCUGAGAGGAAAUUGUGAGAAAGGCUCAGCUUGUAGAUUUAUUCACCCAAAGGGCAAGGAUUUUUCUGUUAUAGCUCAAGAGAUUGUGCAGAAACAGAAACAGAGAGAUAUUGAGAUGCGAAGGAAACAGGCUGCAGAGAGUUUGGAGGGAGAAAGAGUAAACGUUGAAAAACUGAAACAAGAUCUGAUUCUCUUCUUCACUGGUAUUGCAAGGAGAAAAGACGAAUCGACACAGAGAGAUAGUGAGAGACAAGAGAAAGAGGCUGAAGAGAGUGUGGAGGAACUAGUAUUGAAGGCAAAAGCUAUUACGGAUUCCCAAGUGCAUGAAGGUUCCGAAGAAAUAUUAAGACAAAUGACUGAUGAAAUAGUGGAGAGAUUCAAGCGAGCAAAGAAGGAAAAAGCUAUUCCAGAUUCCCGAGGGCCUGAAAGAUUCAGAGAUAUAACUCAAAAGACUCAAAUACAUGAUGAAAUAGUGGAGGGAUACAGACGAGCGAGGAAGGAGAAUCGCAGCGUCAAUGCUCAAGAGAAUCAGAGACAGAGAAAUAUUGAGAUGCAGAGGAAAGAGGAUGAAGAGAGUGUGGAGGAGCAAAUAUUGAAGGAGAAGCACGCUCAUGAUAACCCGAACCAGCGGGGAACAGAGACGUAGAGAUUGUUGAGAAAGAAAUUAGGGAAGGUAGUAGAGUUGAUCAGGUGUUUGGAUUGAAUCAUCAACAUUUUCUCUCAG